AUGCCGAAAGCUGAAAUGCGGAGAGCAGUCUCCACAGUCAUAUUCCUGUUCUUGGUAGAAUGGUUUGCCGUCCCCUGCGAGACAACCUGGCAGUACGAACCCUCGUGCUACAGGGCUGAACUGACAUCAAACCAAUGGCGCCAGGCUCUGACGACAUGUCGUGCUAAAGGCGGGUACCUGGCGACAGGGGACCAGGUGGGUGAACUGGACAGUUUGAAGUCACUCAUACCACACUCGACUCAAUACUGGCUGGGAGCUAGGAAACUGGACACGCUCGACAGGUUCUACUGGAUUGAAUCAGUGUCUAUUGCAAAUCCAACAUGCAUUACUGACGCUAAUAGAAAGAUAGACUGUGGCUUUGGAAGUCAGUGGGAAUGCGAGUCCCGGGGAUGCUGUUAUCAGCCGGCGGCUGCAGGAUCUGUGGAACCCUGGUGCUCGUAUAAGAACGACAUUGUUAUCAAAGCAGAGAUACCUGGCCUAACCUCCCUAAUAAAUGAAGACUGUGUUAUCUUGACCAGCAGUGGCUUUUAUGGUGUUUCAUGUGAUGGGUCUCGUGGAAUUAUUUGCGAAUCAGAGAAAAUGUGUAUCAACCCCAUUGAUAGCAACAUCCAACUCUCCUGUGGAGAAGUUGUGCAACUCAGCUGUCCUCCAGGAUUCCAGCUGAGUGGAGACUCGGUUUUGAUGUGCACAGGUGGAGGAAACCAGUGGAAACUUCAUCGAAGGAAUAUCGACGAAUGUGCAACAUUACCAUGUGGCAGCGAUGGAGACUGUGUGGAUGGCGUUAAUCUUCUACACUUGCAAGUGUCAGCCGGGUAA